CGGGUGUUGUCGCAGCAGCUUCUUCUUCGUUGCAAUAAAUACUCCACGCCACCGAGCUUCUGCCUUUCACCUCCUCAUCCUCUCAUAUCCUGACGUCCAACCUCUCACCCUUUGACGUACAAUCUUCAUCAUGGCAGAGUGUCCCGUCAAGAACCACAACGUCGCCGGCCAAGGCACCCAGAACCAGGACUGGUGGCCAAACGAGCUCAAGCUCAACAUCCUGCGACAGCACGACGCCGGCAGCAACCCCCACGAUGCCGACUUCAACUACGCCGCCGCCUUCAAGUCCAUCGACUAUGAGGGCCUCAAGAAAGAUCUGCAUGCCGUCAUGACCGACUCGCAAGACUGGUGGCCUGCGGACUUUGGCCACUAUGGUGGUCUCUUCAUCCGAAUGGCAUGGCACAGCGCCGGCACCUACCGUCUCUACGAUGGUCGUGGUGGCGGUGGCCAGGGACAACAGCGGUUUGCCCCGCUCAACUCCUGGCCCGACAACGGCAAUCUCGACAAGGCUCGACGUCUGCUGUGGCCUGUGAAGCAGAAGUAUGGAAACAAGAUUUCUUGGGCUGACCUGUUCCUGUUGACCGGCAAUGUCGCCCUCGAGUCCAUGGGCUUCAAGACCUACGGCUUCGCCGGUGGUCGCCCGGAUACCUACCGCGCCGACGAGUCGACUUACUGGGGUGCCGAGACCACCUGGUUGACCGACGAUGUUCGGUUCAACUCCACCGGUGUCGCAAAGAACACCGAUGUCUACAACCGUGAGCUUGAGGAGCCAUUGGGCGCCUCCGUCAUGGGUCUGAUCUACGUCAACCCCGAAGGCCCCAACGGCCAGCCCGACCCUGUGGCCUCUGGACGUGACAUCCGUGACACCUUUGGCCGCAUGGGCAUGAACGACUACGAGACCGUCGCCCUCAUCGCCGGUGGCCACGCCUUCGGCAAGACCCAUGGCGCCGCCCCCGACUCCUACAACGGCCCGGAGCCAAAUGCUGCCGAUGUCGAGCAGAUGGGCUUCGGCUGGAAGGGUGGCUACAAGUCUGGCAAGGGUGCCGACAGCAUCACCAGCGGUCUCGAGGUGACCUGGUCUCCCGAGCCGACCAAGUGGACCAACAAGUACCUCGAAUACCUUUUCCAGUUUGAGUGGGAAUUGGAGAAGAGCCCUGCUGGCGCCAACCAGUUCGUGGCCAAGAACGCAGAGGCCACCAUUCCUCACCCCACCGACCCCAGCAAGAAGCGCAAGCCGACCAUGUUGGUGUCCGAUCUUGCCCUGCGCUACGACAAGACCUACGAGCCGAUUGCUCGCCACUUCAAGGACAACUUUGACGAGCUGACCCUCGCCUUCUCCAAGGCCUGGUUCAAGCUGCUCCACCGUGACAUGGGUCCUCGUCCGCGAUGGCUGGGUCCGGAGGUGCCGAAGGAGAGCUUCACCUGGGAAGACCCCAUUCCCAUCCCCGACGGCCCGCACAUCGACGACAAGGAUGCCGCCGAGCUCAAGAAGCAGAUUUUGGCCACCGGCAUCGACCCCGCCACUCUCAUCUACACCGCGUGGUCUUCCGCCUCCACUUUCCGUGGUGGUGACAAGCGUGGUGGUGCCAACGGUGCUCACAUCCGCCUCGAGCCGCAGAAGGGCUGGGAGGUCAGCGAGCCGAAGCAGCUUCAGGAAGUGCUCAGCGCGCUGGAGAAGAUCCAGAGCGGCUUCACCAGCAAGAAGGUGUCCAUUGCCGACUUGAUCGUGCUCGGCGGUAACGCAGCCCUCGAGAAGGCCAGCGGCGUCGCCGUCCCCUUCACCGGCGGCCGUGGCGAUGCUUCCCAAGAGUGGACCGAGAUCGACAGCUUCAAGUACCUCAACCCCUACGCCGACGGCUUCCGCAACUACGGCCGCGGCACCUCGCGCGUCAAGACGGAGCAAUUCCUCGUCGACAAGGCCGACCUCCUGACCCUCACGCCCGUCGAACUCACCGUCCUUGUCGGCGGCCUCCGCACCCUCAACGCCAACUACCAACGCUCCCAGCACGGCGUCCUCACCGCCACCCCGGGCAAGCUCAGCAACGACUUCUUCGUCAACCUGCUCGACAUGAGCGUCGACUGGAAGGCCACCGACGACACCAAGGAGAUUUUCGACGGCAUCGACCGCAAGACUGGCUCGAAGAAGUGGUCCGCCACCCGCUUCGACUUGAUUUUCGGCUCGCACCCUGAGCUCCGCGCUAUUGCUGAGGUCUACGCUGGCGCUGACGGCAACGAGAAGUUCAUCAAGGACUUUGUCAAGGCUUGGGACAAGGUGAUGAUGCUUGAUCGCUAUGAUGUCCGUCUUGAGACUGGCAAGGGCGAGGUUGCUCGAUUGUAAGGGAGAUGACGAUUGUAAGGGAGAUGGGAUAACAAAAGUAUACGCGCCGUGACGGAUCGGCUGUUUACUUAGCGGUUUUUAUUUAGAUGGUUGUAGAAAUGCACCUUUGUGAACAAGU